CUACUACUCAGAAGGCUUGAAUUCCAGCUCAGGUCCCGUACUAUCACGCACCCACCUCUUAUCAGCUUCUUGACAGAUGCAAUCAAAUUCGCACUUCACCACGGGCCCAUGAUCACACAUUAUCCGCUCGAAAUUUAUCACUCUGCUAUCAUAUUCCCACCCCUCAACUGUACCGUCAGAAAUCAGUUCUGGGAUCAGAGGCCGCGAUUUCUGAAGAGCAGCCAUAUUAGCGAAGCUAACUGGCAUUCGGAGAUUGCUAUAAUCCAGUCUAAGGGCAUGCUAACUGCUUUGGCCUUCGAGGCAAGUGGAAGUACACUUCUCUCUUGUUCAGGGCAUUUUGACACUGGUACGGUACUGAUAAAGAAAUGGGAUCUCGGCGCGGGGAGGAUGACAAGUCAACCUCUCCCAGUGUUGGGCUUAUCCGAAUACGGGGCAAAAGCUGUGUUCUCGCAAGAUUCCACGCUGCUCGCUGCCGCGGAUGAGCAGGGUCUGUGGGUUCUGGAGAUUUCAAAUCCGCAACAGACGUCAAAAAGAAGCCUGAGCGGGCUCGGUGAUAUCGAUUCAAUAGCUUGUCUCCCGGAUGGGAAGGGCUUUGCAACGAUCUCAAAUUCAAAACUGCAGCUUUGGAACAACGCCUUGGAGGAGGUUCAGCCCUCGCAUCAGUUCAGCUACAGCAUGACAAUGUCGAAAAUAGCGUUCACACCUGAUGGCAGAACCCUCGCAACCGCCCCGUAUCGGCCUUCAACGACAAUAUAUCUCUGGGAUUGGACAGCUAGGAUAGAGCUGCAACCACUGAUGACACAUGUCGAGGAUGACGCAGGCAGACACUGGUCAGACUUGUCCAUAUAUACCAUCGCCUUCUCGCAGGAUGGGAAAACAAUCGCCGCCGCAGUCGGAAGAAAGAUUCGCCUCUGGGAUAUAACAACCAGACGACUGAAGUACGUCCUAGACUAUAUCGAGGACGGAGACACGUUCCCUUACAUUCUUUCUUUCUCACCGGACGGGUCAACGCUUGCGGCGGGCGAUAGCAAUCACCGGAUACUUUUGUGGGAUAUUUCCAAACAGUCAGAAAGUUUCAUCAGAAUGUCAACGGCUACUGGCUACAAAGGCCCAUGGGAUGAUGUGCGCCUUCUAGACGAUUUGAAGACGAUUUUAUCAGUCAACAUUUCCUUCAUUGAUAGCAAUACUACCCUACAAGAAUGGAACUUGGAGAACGGGAGAAAAAGAGUAUUCGAGUCGAAGUUAUUGCAGACAUUGACUCGCCAAGAUUUCUUUGCUUUCCCCCGAGGUCACGAGCGAGGACGCUUCAGAUUUCAUGUUCUUAUGGAAAGGUAUUUACCCAACAUACUCUACAUGUAUGAAAACUUGAGUAUGCCUGAUCCGGGUCUGAAGGGAAAGAAACGUCCCGACCCGGAGGAUGGAGGGAAGGCUAGGGAUAUAGGAACUCUUUCCAUCUGUAAUGCAGAACACGCUGUUGCACCCGCCGGGUUUGGCGCCCCUCCCGAUCGGGUAUAGCGCUACGUCAGACUCGCGUGCUCGCACGGCCCGGCUGCGCCUGCAACAUAAAUACGAGCCGAUCCUCUCUGACGUC